AUGGUGGUGAUCGCCCUUAGAGAAAGGAAGAGGCGCGAGGAAGAGGAAGAGCAAACCGAGGCGGCCUCAGCGCAAACCGAGGCCGUCCUUCAGCCCGACCCUCCGAGCCGGGAAGGGGAUGUGAUGAUCCGAGCCGCAGAAGGCGACACUACCGAGGCGGCUGAGAAAGACGUAGUGCCCGAGGUAGAACCGGGCGAAAUUAUCCCCGAGGUGUCUGGGGACGGCUCGGCGGCGCGGAGUAAGACUCCUUCGCAAUCCGCCAUCCUGGCCCUCCCGAAGUCGACGAGGCCACCGACUUCGGUCGUCCAGAAGCAUGACUCUAGCCGAAAACGUUCGGCUACUGACAAGGGGAAAGGCGUCGCCGUCCAGAAGGACGAGCCGUCCAAGAAGAGGCGGAAACCGACGCCCGGGGACCCCGCCCCGCGUAAAUUGGUUGUUGACGACCCCGACGCUUCUGCCGUCAUGUUCUCGCGUGUAAAUAACGCGAACACGCGUCUUCCUCCUCCGGAGAAGCUGAGGAGGCCGAGGUCAUACGGCGCGAUGAUGCAGCGUGGUACUAAGUUUGUCGUGGCCAUUAACGACCUGAUGGCCGAGUAUGAGGUGGACCUGUCUAAGGUUGAACGUCGCUUGGACGAGGCCCGAAAUGAGACCGCGGCGUCAAAGGUGAAGUUGGAAGAGGCCCAAAACGAAGCCGCGGCAGCGAAGGAGAAACUCACCGAGGCGAUGACCCGAGUGUCGAGGUUGGAAGAGGAGAAGAUAGUUCUUCAAGCAGACGUCAACAAAGUUUCCGCCUCGGUGAUUCUCCUGGAGGAAGCAAGGAGAGCCAAAAGCGCCGAGGUGGCGUUGCUUAAAAGGCGUAUCGAGGCCAAGGACGCGCUGUUCGAAGCCAAGGUCAAACGCGCGAAGAAGGAGGCGAGGCGCGAGCUGACGGCGAAGUUUCAGGAACGCCUCGCCAAGGUGGAGGAGGGUUUGGUCAAGCUCGAGAAGGCCAAAAAUGAUGAGAACGAUCUGGGACAGAUCAAGGGCAAUCUUGCGAUGAUUUGCCGACCUGAAGAAGCCGGACGCCCCGACGCUUGA